UUAAGGCAGUGCUGGUGUCGUACAUCCUGAUCAUUUGACAACAUCCACCGUUUUCUGUUGCAGAAAACAAACAUGUAAUAUAGAGGCCUGUGUCCGUCGAAGACUAAUUUGUUUUUGCAGCAGACAAUAUUUUGGUGAUAUUAAGGAGAACAAUUAUAAAAAAAAGAAACGCCAGGUUUACUGAUGGACAUUUUAUUGGGGAUCUUCGUUGUGCCAUUAUUUUGCUAUUUAGCUUCAUCGGUGGACACGAGUAUGAGCAUGUAGCUAAAUACGGGGUUUUCUGUAAAACAUUUUCGACUUUUUCAUGUGUAAUAGUAUUGUGUACUCCGAGAGGGAAGUGAGGUCGCACACCCCGCGGGGCUUUAUUGUGGGUUUGUUUUCUACUUUGCAACGUUAGCGGGUUUUUUGGUUCAGUUAGUUUGCUAACAAGUCACAGAGAUAAGAGUCAACACAGCACAUAACGUAACAUUACAAUGAGUUUUUUUGGUUUUGGACAAAGUGCAGAAAUUGAUGUUGUCCUGAGUGACGCUGAAACGAGGAAGAAGGCUGAGCACAAGACUGAAGAUGGAAAGAAAGACAAAUACUUUCUUUUCUAUGAUGGCGAGACAGUCAGUGGAAAGGUGAAUGUCACGCUGAAGAACCCCGGGAAGAGGCUGGAGCACCAGGGCAUCAAAAUCGAGUUUGUUGGCCAGAUAGAACUGUAUUAUGACAGAGGAAACCACCAUGAGUUUGUUUCCCUGGUGAAAGAUCUGGCACGACCGGGUGAAAUAACUCAGUCGCAGACUUUCGACUUUGAAUUCACUCAUGUUGAGAAACCUUACGAGUCCUACACAGGCCAGAAUGUCAAGCUAAGAUAUUUUCUUCGUGCUACGGUGGUCAGAAGAUUAAAUGACAUCAUUAAAGAGAUGGAUAUUGUGGUCCAUACACUGAGCACUUACCCCGAACUCAACUCCUCCAUUAAAAUGGAAGUUGGAAUUGAGGAUUGUCUCCACAUCGAGUUUGAGUAUAACAAGUCCAAGUACCAUCUGAAAGAUGUAAUUGUGGGAAAAAUCUAUUUCCUGCUGGUGAGGAUUAAGAUUAGGCACAUGGAGAUUGACAUAAUCAAGCGUGAGACAACAGGCACCGGCCCAAGUGUAUACCAUGAAAACGACACAAUCGCCAAGUACGAGAUCAUGGAUGGCGCUCCGGUCAGGGGAGAAUCCAUUCCCAUCCGGUUAUUCCUGGCUGGCUAUGAUCUGACUCCCACCAUGCGAGACAUCAACAAGAAGUUCUCUGUGCGCUACUACCUGAACCUCGUGCUGAUCGAUGAGGAGGAGAGACGCUACUUCAAACAGCAGGAAAUCACCCUGUGGAGGAAAGGUGACGUGGUGAGGAAGAGCAUGUCUCACCAGGCUGCCAUUGCUUCUCAGAGGUUCGAGGGCUCAGCCGCUUCAGAGAGCGCACUGGAACAGGCUGCAAAGGAGGAGAGCGGGUAGAGCCCUCCACUCUCCUCUCAGAAGACUUGUGAGCAUCUGUGUUGGAGGGAUGGAGGUACCUGUCAACUGUCCAACUGUCAAGCAGCUGUUUUAUUUGUUAGCUGCUGCAGGUAAAAGGAGAAAGAAGGGAGAACGACAUGCAGUAUGUGAACAACGAAACAGUAUGCAUGAGGCAUUCAAAGACUGCUGGUCUUGACCUUCCUCAUUAAUGCUUUUUUUUCUUUACAGGAAUCAAACUAACCACCUGUCACCAUAUUCAUUAUGUAAGAUCUUUGAUGUGAAGUUGUUGAAUUUCUAAGGCUUCUGUUUGUUCCAUUCUAAUGCUUGUUGGGGAUUAAUUGAUUUCUCGGCUCUAAAUUAAAGUAGCUGCAUUGUCAUCAAAAUGUAUUUCCAACAUUCCACGGUUAAUCAAUGCACUCCUAAUUUUGUUAGGUCAAGAAAUCAGUGAUGAUAUUGCGCUGCUUUAUCUUGCUGAGCACACCUUUUGCUUUGGGUUUGAACAGAAAAUGGUGGAAAUGGAAACUGGAAUCUUUUUGUUUUUAAAUAUUAUCCCACACAUUUUUUUAAAAAAAUCUGUAAAUAAGACCAGCUAAAUCCUGUUCUCUCAUUCCAGCCUGUGUACACUGAGUAGACAGUACACAGUGCCACAGAAUGACCUGUCAUGUUCAUAUACUUUACCUCAGCAUUCCAGUGGUGUUAGGACAGGUUGUCAAAGUGUUUAUAUUAAGGUCUAAUAGUACAAAGUCUUCUGUAUUCUCUUUAUUAGAGACUUGAACGUUGUGCCUAUGUGUAUCGAGCAAAUGAAAUUCUCCUGCCUCUAACAUAAUUUUAGUCUUCUAACCAGAAAGAUUACUGUAGAACUAUCUAUCUUUUGCAAAAUGCUAAUCAACUACUCCUUGUCCCCAAAAGUCAAAUAAAUUGAUGCCAAAUGGAAAAA